UGGGUUCAUUUUGAAAGUUUCCGAGCCAAAGCGAUGCCAAACUUCCUGCUCUUGGACCUCACGGCCGUCCCAGACCAUGCGCGUGACCGCCUCCGGGAAGCCGGGUUGACCAUCAUCCCCCUCAUGCCCCACGGCGAAGGCGUUGCGCUCCGAAAGGGCAUGUUCAAGCACCCGUUCCGCGGGGCGACGGCGCGGGAGCGAGCGCAUCUCAAGCUCCUAGGGCGCUGCCACUGCCACCUCGAGACGAUCGCAGUCGGGGGUGGGUUGCUCACGCGACUCACCGGCACGAGCAAACAAGGGACCUACGUCGACCGCGUCCUCUUGCGUGCGAUGCCCGAUUCUCGAGCCUGGAGCGCCGUACCUCAUGUUCUCGCAACGCAUAGAGCUUGGAGAUACGCACAUUCUAUCAGAGGGCGAGCGCGUCGUGCUCCUGGGCCAUCGACCGUUCGAGCUGGCGUACAUCUUCCGCAGCAUCCCCGACAACGUCUUCUACAAUGUGAGCCGGUCUGAUCCCGCAACGAUGCAGUCGUACGAUGUGAACGCGCUCAUGGCUGCUACGUGGCCCUACGCUCGAAGCUGCCUCGUGGGCCUAACCAAGGACAUGCACGACACUGCGAUGGCGUAGCAAGGUCGACUCGGAUCAAAUUCUUGAAAUACCAUCGUGCUUAUGCGUCA